AUGUUGGGAUUCGCCAAGAAGACGCCAUUCGAGAAUGAACAAGAGAUUAUGAACAAAGCUCUCAUACCAUUGGGAAUAAAACCACCAAUCUCUCAAUUUGAGUCGUGGAAAUCUCCAUUUGAGAAAUAUGGCUUAAUCCUGGGAGAAGAGCUCUUAAAGAUAUCCUCGAGUCACCUGUACCACCCGUCUUUGACAUUCAACCCCGGAAGACCUAAGAAACUCGUCAGCGCUUCCUGGAAUCUUAGCGAUGUGAAACGUUUUAACGUAGUCGAAAGAUACUCUGAGCUCAGGAUUAUUCAUGUGAAAAUAGCCGAACAGAUUUCUGAUAAGCAAACGAAGAGUGUUUUGAUGUUUGCUAGUGCUCCCGCAACUCAACUGAGAAGAUAUGGCCUUCAGACACAAUCUUUCAAAGGGAAAGUACAUUCCAUUGCCUGGCCAGAAUUAAACGAAGAAAAGAAACCUUUUGCUUCUGCGGCCCAGAAACGCGAAUUGGUCAAUCGUCUCCUAGAAACUUGUUUGGGGGGAGACAUUAGACCUCGUCUGGUGUUUAUGAUAUUACCUCGUGAAGACGCCGCAAUCUACUCUAACAUCAAAUGGUCGGGAGAUUUUGUUUCAGGAAUAGCAACGAUUUGUGUUUGCCAAGCAGCGGUGGAAAAGAAAAGUUUUGGUAUUCUAGACAACUUCAAUCUCAAAGCUAAUCUCAAGCUUGGUGGUAUAAACCAUAUGAUUAGUGAUGCUAGAGAGUCAUCGAAACUCAUCGAGUCCAUCCAAAAUGACACCCUUAUGAUUUUUGGUGCCGAUGUUAGUCAUCCUGGCAAGGGGUUGGAUCCUGAAUGCUCAUCCAUGGCCGGUGUGGUUGCUUCUUUUAAUUUCAAUUUCUGUCACUUUGCUGCAUCUGCUCGCCUCCAGGCGAACAACGAGGAGUUCAUCUCAGAUCUAGGUGGCAUGCUCAAAGAGAGACUAGAGCUCUAUCAGAAAAAGAACCAGGGAAAACUUCCCUUGAAUAUUCUAUUUUACCGAGAUGGCGUCAAGAAUCAAGGGAAAACUGAUAUUCGUAUCACGUUGCUAGUCGUCACGAAGCGCCACCAUACCCGUUUCUUUCCGCUUAACUUGAACAAGAGUACUAAGAAUGUAAGUGGGGGUCUGGUGGUGGACAAGCACAUUAUAAAUCCGAAUCAAAUGAGCUUUUUUCUUCAAAACCAUGAUUCUCCUCUGGGGACAGCGAAGUCUGCGUACUACACUGUCAUCGCUAAUCAAUGCGAAUUGACUUUGGAGCAACUAGAACAAGUGGUCUGUGUUCCUGCACGAUAUGCCGAUAUCCUUUGCGACCGGCUGCGAUGUUAUAUGAAGCCUGCGUUGGAUGGCGGAAUUCGUCGUACCCAGGCUGAGAUUCAAGACGGCAAAGAUCCACUAGCUCACUAUCGCAAGACACGGCAGGCGUGGAUUCGCCCUGGAUCUAAACAAACUAAUCCCUGGCACUCUAAUCUGGACAACAUCAUGUUCUACUUGUAA